CCUCGGCCGGCCUCUAAAAGCGAGACACAUCAUCUUAUCAACUAUCAACUGCGAAAUCGCUUGCAUCACUUGCAUUUGCAUUGAUCCUUUGCAAAAAAAUAUUCCCCGGAGGCCACUUGCGCAUGCAAAACGCACAACAUCGCUUUGGCGUAACUUGAUCGCCUGGGAUGCGCCGACUGACCUCACCAAGCUUCUAGGUUACCAAACUAGAAAAUACUCAUUCGUUAACUUGACCAGAUCUUCUUGAUAUCGAACCACAAUCUGCGGUAAGGCCAGUGCGUCACCGCUUGCAAGCUUGAAAUCUGCUUGACCUCCCUAACAAAACUUGGAUACAAUUCAUGAAUACAAACAAUUAGGCAUCUGGCCAUCUGCUACUGGUAUCGCAUUCAAGAUGGACGCGGGCUACCUUUCUCAGCAGGUUAACACCAUAAUCGGUCAGCUCCAUGGCCUCUUCGACGAGAUUGGCGUUGCUAGUCAUGAUCGCGAAACCAGAGAAUCGGAGCUCUUCGCAGCGCUCUCCGAGACUUUGAACAAUCAGGUGAAACAGGUAACGCUAGAAAAGAAGGAAUUAGUCGAAGAGGCGCAAAGACUUAUUACUACAAUCCGCCAAAUGGAAGCAUCCCUUGACGGUUCCAGGUCACAACGCAGCUACACUCCCGAGAGUGAUGAUCUUCGGGUCACUUUUCCGCUCACAAGAUGCUUAACGGUGUUAAAAGAGAAGCAUAUGCAGAUAAGCAAGCUUCACCGUGAACGAUUCGAGCAAGUUAAGAAGCUCGUACAGGCAUUAGAGUCUUACUCUUCUCAUCUCGAACCUACAUUCAUAAAUAUUACUUUACCACCCACGGGUCCGAAUCAGUCUAUUCCCCCGAAUUUCGAUCUUUCCCCUUCAUACGUUAAUAAGUUAGACGACGAAUUUACGCGAGUCUACGAAGAAUAUACCCGACGUGUAAAUACAGUCAAGUCUCUGUCGGAACAUAUUAUCCAACUAUGGGCAGAGCUUGGUACGCCUCAAGCUCAAACCGACGGUGCGAUUGUAAAGUAUUAUCGCGAUGCCCCUGAGCAGCUCGGCCUGCACGAAGAAGAUCUAUCUAGACUUCGUAAUAAGAGAGACAAGUUGGCGGAGGAGAAGAAAAAUCGCGAAAAGCGUCUCAAAGAUCUCAAGGUGUCCGUUGCGGCGCUUUGGGAGAAGCUGGGUGUCGAUGAAGCGGAACGUAAGGCGUUCCUAAAUGGCAACCGCGGCUGCGGCGUCCGACAGAUCAACGAAUUUGAGGACGAAUUAGCUAGGCUGAACGAGCUUAAGCGUCAGAACUUACACUUGUUUGUGGAAGAUGCGCGAUGCAAACUCCAGGAGCUAUGGGAUGCGCUGUACUAUUCAGAGGAUGAGAUGCUCGAAUUUACGCCGGCUUUCUCUGACGUUUACAGUGACGCGCUACUGGAAGCUCACGAACGCGAGAUCACUCGACUUGAGACUUUACGGGAACAGCGAGCACCUACCCUAGCCUUGGUUGAGAAGCAUCGUACUCUUGUUCACGAUCGAGAUGAGCUUGCAGCAUCCAGUCAAGAUGCAUCCCGACUUAUGAUGCGCGGCCAAAAAGGAGAAAGGCGAGACCCAGGAAAGUUAUUGCGCGAGGAGAAGAUGCGAAAGAGAAUUGCCAAAGAGCUUCCUAAAGUUGCUGCAGAGCUUGCCAAAUUACUAGAAGAGUGGGAGGACGAAUACGGUCGCCCAUUCCUUGUAUUCGGGGAGAGAUACCUCGAUCUUCUAGAACCCGAAGCUCCCAGACAGCUACCAGGCCCAAGAUCGAAGACCCCUGCAGGCCCUCCGCCGUCGGCAAACAAGGUGCAGAAAUCAGCGCCGCCACCUAGCCGCACCAACAGUAAUGCUAGCAAAGCGGGUACUUUUCCGAGAUCGAAAACGCCGGUAGUGAAUGGUAACGGCAACGGCACAAUCAGGAGAGCACCUCCUGGCAUGCAGGGACCCAAGGACCCCAAGGGCAGCCCAUCCAGGAUACCAGCUCGCGCUCCUUUAUCUAAUCUAAAGCACGGUAACAAUUCUCCCGAAAGACCCCGGCCAGAAUCGCGGGUCCAAGGCGUAUUACGCCCUGGACAUCCGCUCUCGCGCGCUCCUCCGCCUAAGAUGAGAGACCUAAACUCGCCUCCCGAAUUAGAGACCCCAGUAAAUCCCUACCGAAACGUGGGGCUUGGUUCAAGCACUCAUAUCCGAGCUGUUGAGCCGGACGAUGUGUAUGAUGAUCGAGCGUACGAGCGAGACUCGUACCAAAGUUAUUCAAGAUCUCAGUCGCAUCAAGAUCCGCAUAUGUCAAUACAAAGUGAGCGACUUGCACAGUCAUCCUACCCUCAAGCACCUCCUCCGAGACAGAUCUCGAAUACGUCUACGGUGGUAACUGGAUCUGAAAACUGGGAGACGUAUGACGAUAAUUCGGAGCCGGAGGCGGACGCAUCUGAUGCAUACUACGCCAAGGUACGAGCAGCAAGAGGAAAGCGAUUCACACCAGAAGACCCAUACUCACGACAGCAAGCAAAUGUACCGAAGCGAUAUCGAGGUAUCCCGCCCCAAAUGCCACCUGGGCACGGUACGAUAGAUGCCGAAGGCAAUCGUAUCAUUUCGGGCAGCGAGUGGACUGAUGAAGAUGCCUACUAAGCAUUUCACUGCUCUUCCUGCUAAACUAUUAACGAGCGAUAACGAGCAAUUACGAGCUUUGAGAGUUACGCAACCCACCGUUACGAUUUAUGUGACGCUUCUCACAACCUGUCAGCGAUGGCGCUCUUCCGGAUUCUUUUACAUAAUAUUCUUGUCACGUUUUGAUACUGUUUCUGAUUUGCAGACACCGGUUUUUGCUUCUUAUGUCUUAUUCCGCUUCUUGUAUUUGUCUUUAAUUGCAUUAUGAUGUCGUUCGCCGCGAGGCCACCUAGGUGAAGUCCUAACAUGGCGAACUUGACGUUUGUCAAAGCUGGUCGAUAGCACAUAGCACCCGAAUCGUGGUACUCAUGAUAGCUUUAACUUGCCUGGUAUUACAUACUCUCUGGAACAUAAUCGGAAAGGGGGUGAAAGGCGGAGGGUAAGCAGGCGGCUAAAGGGGGUGAGGAACAUUGGAAUCGGCGUCGGUUCAUAAGGCGUUCAAGAUGGGGGGCGAAUAGGCAUGUUGAGAUUCAUAUUCCGGCUUUUUUCGUCGUAGCUGAAAUUAAAAAGCCGGCUUGAAGCUGGUAUUUCCUCUUAAACGUGAAACCAUUAUAAUGUGAAAGUAGUUAUGUUUAUAAUUGUUAAUGUUUAUAAUUGCUAAAGUCGAGCCCAUCGACGAUAUACCCAUUUACUUGAUAUGCAG